AUGAACGUGAACUCCAUUCUGGCGUGUACGCAACAACGGCGUGCUAACCUUACUGUCACGGCAGGGCCAAAGGGAUGUAAAGCCACGAUAACGCCUCCAAAUCGUUAUUGGGUAGCGACAGAGAGGCCACCCCUCAUCGUUUACCAGCCGUUCUAUGGCCCCUGGGAUGGAGUGUUGGAGAUACUGCGAAGGCUUGCUACUUUAACUAUCCUACGAAAACCGCGGCCCCACUCUCUUUCUCUCACCCCUUACGACGCUUACCCCCCUUCGAGCGGGAGACGCGUUGCAGCGAGAGAUUCCCGCGCAGGAGAGGAAGACUGGACAAAGCGGAAGAAGCAGAAUAAGACGAGCAAAGCAGAAGCAGAGGAGCAGAAGAGCGGGUGCGAAAAAGCGGGCAAGCUGCGCCGGAAGGGGGUAGCCCGGGCUUCUCGCGAAGGCCUCAAAAUUUCGGACGCGACGGCGGCCCUGGACCUGCGUGCCCAGACGCAAGCCCAACCAGACUUCGGCCAGCUAGACCACCAGCAGCCGCAGCAUCACCAUCAGCAACAGCAGCCGCCGCAGCAGCCACAACAGCAGCCACAACAACAGCAGCAGCCGCAGCAUCCGCAGCAGCAGCAGCAGCACAACCAAAAUCCAGAGUCGCGUCCUCACCAUCACCUGCCACAGCAGCAUCAUCAUCAGCAUCACCCGGGGAAUCAUCUCCACUCUGGUGGCGGCGGCGGCGGAAGUGGCGGUGGAGGUGGCGGCGGCGGCGGAAACGCCGGUGGUGUUGCUGUUGUUGCUGGCGGCGGACCGCCCGGACCCGAGCCGGACCGGUCCACAAGAAUUCACGACGAGGAGGACGAGGACAUCACCGAGCGGGAGGACGAGGAGGAGGACGAGGAUCCUUGCAGCUCGCCGGAGCCCGACCUCGAAAACGAAUCCGAACCAAUGGAGAUUCAAGCCUCGGCUGUCACGGCGGCAGCCGCGAACCUCCACGCGCUACGCCAGCACGUAUUUAAGAUGUCGGAUUACUGGCAGCAACCACAACGCGGUCCGCCUCAACUUUCACCCGGGAUCCAGCACAGUCCCAUCUCGAAUUCGACGCAGCAACAUCAGCAGCAAGUCCAGCAGAUGCACAGUCCACUCGGGCAACAGCAGCAGCAGCAACAGCAGCAGCAGCAGCAGCAGCAGCAGUCUGCGGUUUCGCAAGUGCAGCAGAACGCGAACGCGACCCUGGGCCAAACCGCGAGUCCUCAACAACAGAUGCAACAACAGCAGCAGCAGCAUGCGUUAUCGAUGAACCAAACCACUCAGGGCCCGCAGCAUCAGUCUUCCCCGGCACCGACGACGCCGUCGCCGCAAGCGGAUCAUCAGGGUGCCAUUGCCUCCAGCAUGGCCCAGAGUCUGCACAGCCUCGCCCAGGCGCAACAGACGAUGUCGCAGGCAUCGAGUCCAUCUCUGGCGGUCCAGGCUGUCCAAGCGGCCCAAGCGCUCAAUCAGAAUCUGGGCCAGGCGCUAACCCAGGCGCUUACGCAAAACAUGCAGCAAAAUCUCGGACAAACCUUACAGCACAACUUGGCGCAGAGCUUGACGCCGAGUUUAUCGCCGCAACAACAGCAACAAUUGCUCAACCAACCGCAAAAUCUUAGUCAAGCGAGCCAGAGCCUGCAACAGAACAUCCAGAGCCAGGCGCAGAAUCUGUCCCAGACGCUGCAGCAGCAGGCGCAGAACCUCACGCAGAAUCUUGGCCAGGCGCUUAACCAGCAGGCGUUGCAGCAGCAGGCGCAAAAUCUCACGCAAAAUCUACAGCAAGCGCAAAAUCUCACCCAGAAUCUACAGCAGCAGGCGCUCAACAUGGCCGGCACCAUCGCGCAGAACGGCGGUCUCGCCGGUAUGAACAUGUCGGGCAAUCAGCAGCAGAAUUCACAGAACUCCAUGCUGAGUCCGGGCGCGACCAGCCAGGACUCCCACGACGCUACGCUCACGGAGAAGCUCGUCAACGAGUUGCAGUCUCGUGCCUCUGCGGCGGGGCUUGGAGGUGCAGUAGGUGCCGGCGGUGGUGGAGGAAUGGGCAACAUCAGCGAACGCACCCUCGAGGAAUGCUGGUCCACCCUGCAGCGAGUGAGUUGAACACUCAGUCCGUUCACGGAAUCCCUUUUAUUAACGCUGUCCUUUGCCCGUGCGCGUGUCCCUACCUUAAGUCCCUCGCUUUCUCUCACCGACGGCCGAGGUUCUGCGCCGUUCUUUUUUUUUCUCCUUUUACACUUCAUUUAACUUGUCGAUCCUGCACGUCGCAGACGCGCUGCGUCUCGUCUCGCUCAUUGACACCAUUUUUUUUCUUUCGUUUAUCGACAUUCAGCGCCAUUCAGUUCGCUAUAUUCCGCCCGAUUAUGAUUUCGCUUCCGCGCGAGCUCCUCUGGAACGUCUCGCGAUCGUUCUUAUCUCGUUUGCAUCUCGUUCGC